AGUACUAGGAAGGUGUCGCUGCGCAAGAGUACGGGCUGUGGCACCUGCUCCGUUUCUACCGGCAGUGGGGCCAGCGACGGUGGCGCCCGACUGUCCAUGCGCGAACGCAGAAGGUGGGGGUUGAGGGGAGGGGGCCAGCACAUGCACUCACAUCAACUGCAUUGCGCCGACGCUACACCAAUGCCACGGGUACAGGUGCUGGAGCACACGGCGCAGCAGCUGGCUGGUGGAAGGCCCAAGGAGGAGGUCAUUGUUGGCUGGGGCAACGCCAACACUGGCUAUGGCGGUUGCAUCAGCAGGUUGGGGCGGGGCCCAAACCGGGCACUGCCCCGCCUGCUGGUGGACAAGUACGCGCACCUGGUGGUGUACAUGGACGAGUUCUACACAUCACAGGUGUGUGCGAAGUGCGGGCGGCGCUUGCUCGGCGACGGGCAGCGCUGCCUGCAGGCGGUCGUACCAUGGGGGGGGGGCUCACGUGCUCACCAGGUCCAAGAGUGCACCCACUGCGGGACGGUGUGGCAGGGACGUGACGUCAAGUCCGCAACCAACAUCCGGCAUGCGCUGGUGGAGAUGCUGCUGGGGCACAAGCGACCUGCAUCGCUGCAGACUGGCGGCGGCGGCGGCGGCAGCGGCGGCGGCGGCGGCGGCGGCAGCGGCAGCAGCGGCGGCGGCGGCGGCGGCGGUGGCGGCGGCGGUGGCGGCGGCGGUGGCGGCGGCAGCAGCGGGGGCGCGUGCGCGCAUCUUGGUAGCGGAAGGGGCGGGAAAGGCCACGUGGAGGAGGAGAGCGCAGCGCCGCCCAAGAAGCGGCGCAAGCGCGCAGGCUGAGGAGCUGGCUGGUGUCUAGGUAGCGGUCCUCGGUGGGCCUGGCAGGGCACGCGUAGCGGCAUAAGUAGUGCGGCUGUUGACAAUUGUGCUGCGUCUGGCUACAGUUGGCUCUGCUGUGGCAUCGCGACUGCACCUGGUUUGGCUAUGUGCCUGUGGAAACCGACCCCAGCUAUGCCCGGGCGAUGAGGUUGUUCGGCCUCAGACUGUGGAGGGGCUCAGCCCCUUCCGCCCUUCUCCCGUGACCUGCCUUGAACCCUGUCCCAUCACACGCCCUUCUCCCGUGACCGGGGAACACUUGUCAUUAACCGUGCUAGCGUCCUAUGGCAUUGACCGCACGCUCGGCCCCUCUGUGCACACGCAUGUCACUGAAAUGCUUAAAUUUACACGCUGUCACAGCUACGUAAGUACUACUGGGCUGUGUGCUCUCGUGUAGCGUGCUGCAGAGAGAUUCGCAUAGCUUGGCGCAGCCGCGCAGCAAAUUGACGUCCAAGUUGCUGACUGCAGCCGCUAGGGCUGCUGUUCCGGUAGUGGCAGGGACUUUGGGGCAGCAUGGACAACGACGAGGUUAUCCAUGCUGUCAAAGCAUUCAAAUCUGCUGCUAAAUCUCGCGGCGUGAAGGGCGCGAAGCUAGGGCAGCUCGUGAGCUUCCUGGCCUCGAUGCCGGCGGAGGAGCGCCGCACCUUCAUUCUUCCGAUGGCCGAUGACCCCGAGGCACUGUUUGAGUACGUGCAGAUCGGUUACGACAAAGCUCAAGGCGUGGCAUCUGGCUCUCAGAACAGUGCGAGCAUCUCGGGUGAGUAGUUGGUUGACCAGCUCCCAAAAAAGCUCGGACGGGUCCAGCGACCAGGCGAAUUCACCCAUGCCAUGGCCCCUACCCCGGGGACCAGCUUCCACCUCCAGCACCUCAACCUACAGUUGCAGCUGCGAAAGAGUUCUGCUGCUGGAGCUGCGGAGCGAACAGUAGCCGGGGCAACAGCCCCAUGAAAAUAUAAGCUGCGUUACCUAAGUACACAGGAGCUGAGAGGCAUAGCAGUUGAGAGGAUAUGGGUUGAUUGUGUCAUGGUCGGGACGUCAGACAGGACACGACACCAUGCCCGCAAGGCCGAUAAACGAAAAAAGCCUAAACAAGCAUGCACGUUUGUUCAAUCUGGGCCGUGUGGUGGCGGGGCUGGGGUGCCCAUGAGCAAGUCAGGGGGCGUUUGCUGUCAGCCAACUGUGAGCGCCAAAAAAGUGGCAACAAUAUCUGUAACUUCAACAGCCUGUGUGGGCGCACGUGCAUACAGGUGCGGGCACAUGGUGGAUGCAAUCACGGCUACUGGAUAGCGCAGCCAAGCUGCUGAAGCAGCAGGAGAGCGACAUCAACGGAACCUUGUGGGAGCUGGCUUAUGGGGACUCCUCAUGUUCCUAUAUCGACGAGGCGGGCGUGGUGGACCGCGUCCGCUGGUGGGCUAAAGUGGCCAUUCAGGAGGCUGCGUGUGACAGGCGCGAGUCAAGUUGCCCACCGCCCUUGCUGAUUUCAGGACUCGUCAAGACGGGCAAGUCAUACACGCUGGAGCACAUUGUGCCCGCGGUCGUGGCGGAGGCGCUGUGCGAGCAGCAGCAGGAGGAGGAUGGGGGCGGGCGGUCGCCCCUGCUGGCGAACAUGGUGGUCCUGCGGCUGAAGGGCGACGAGUUGGAGUGUUCGGUACGUCUGCGCGUGGAUUGCACUUGCGCGAGCGAGCGAGCGUGGGGGCGGGGGCGGGGGCGAGGGCGAGGGCGAGGGUGAGAGGGAGAGGGAGAGAGGGAUGCGUCCCGGGCGGUGGACAGCUUUACCGCCCCAGGAUCAGUGUGUACCGUACUGCGCGUAAUUUUCAUAUAAUAAA